AUGUCGUCCCUCAGAAGUAUCGCGGCCGCUGUCUUACAGCUAGGCUUCUUGGCGCAUACGGGACUCGCGAGAUCAUGUGAACGAGUCCCUAGGCUGGGCGCUGUUGCAUCUGAGAGCUCUGUCUGCUCUAAGAUAGGAACCGACCUACUUCAAGCCGGUGGAAAUGCUGCUGAUGCCCUUGUCGGCACUGUGUUCUGCGUCGGCGUCAUCGGCAUGUACCACAGUGGCAUUGGCGGUGGCGGUUUUAUGCUUGUCCGCGGUAGCGAUGGGAAAUACGAGUACAUCGAUUUUCGAGAAACGGCUCCGGCCGCUGCUUAUGAGGAUAUGUACGAGAAUAACACCGACUCCAGUUUAUAUGGCGGCCUAGCAAGUGGUGUUCCUGGAGAGCUUAGAGGGCUAGAGUAUCUGCAUAAAAACUACGGGAAGCUGCCGUGGGCAGACGUGGUGAAACCGGCCGUCAAAGUCGCUCGGGAAGGCUUCGAGGUGACAGCAGAUCUCGUGAAGUACAUAGCAUCCGCGACGCCAAACGAUUUCCUCAAGGAUGACCCAGCCUGGGCAAUUGACUUCGCCCCGAAGGGUUAUAUUGUCAAGCUGGGCGAGACAAUAACGCGCAAACGCUACGCCGACACUUUGGAAGUUAUUGCUAACGAGGGUCCGGAUGCAUUUUAUACUGGCGCUAUUGCUAAGGCGACAAUAGCAGCGCUGAAAGAAAAGAAUGGAACUAUGACGCUGGAUGAUUUGAAGAAUUACACAGUCGCAAUUAGAAAGCCUUCUGAAAUCAACUACCGAGGCUAUAAGCUUACGAGCAUCAGCGCCCCGGCAAGCGGCGUUGUAGCGCUCAGUGCGCUGAAAAUCGUCAACGGCUAUGAGGAUUUUGGAGAUCCUGCUGCGGUCAAUUUAACUACUCAUAGACUGGACGAGGCUAUAAAAUUUGCGUAUGGUCAACGAUCUGAACUUGGUGAUCCUUCUUUCGUCGAAGGGCUUGACGAGUACCAGGAGUCCAUGAUUUCUGAUGCGACCGCUGCUGAAGUGCGCUCUAAGAUCUCCGAUUUCAAAACCGAGAACGUCUCGUACUAUGACCCGGCCGGUCUCGAGAGCCUUGAUACUCCAGGCACAAGUCAUAUUGUCACUGCCGAUAAGAGCGGGUUAGCUAUCAGCCUUACGACAACCAUUAACUUGCUUUUUGGAUCCCGUUUAAUUGUACCUGAGACCGGUGUAAUUAUGAACGACGAGAUGAACGACUUCUCCAUUCCCAACUCGAGCAACGCGUUUGGUUACAUACCGAGCCCGGCAAACUUCAUCCGCCCGGGUAAGAGACCUCUAUCUUCCAUCUCAGGGACUAUAGUCGAGACAGCGGAUGGAAAGUUGUAUUUCGUUAUAGGAUCCGCCGGUGGUAGUCGCAUCAUCACGGCCACCAUCCAGAAUAUCCACCACGUACUCGAUCAGAACUUUACGACAGCCGAGGCGUUGGCUGCACCCAGGCUACACGACCAGCUCAGUCCUCCCCAAAUCUCCUUCGAGUAUUCUUACGACAACAGCACGGUCGCGUACCUGAAGUCGCUAGGUCAUAAUGUGACUUGGGUAGCACCGGGUCAGAGCACAGCGCAGGGUUUAAGAUUACUACCGAAUGGAACUUUUGAGGCGGCUGGGGAACCACGACAGGUUAACUCUGGUGGCUUCGCUGUAUAA